AUGGCUUCUCUCUCAACAACCCUUUUAUUCCUCAGUUUCUGCUUCUCUCUCCUCUUUUUCAGCUCAUUUUCACAAGAAGACCCUCAAAAAACAUAUAUUGUGUAUAUGGGAAGCCAUCCAAAAGGGAAGGUUUCAACUUCAUCUCACCAUAUAAGAUUUUUAACGGAAACCAUUGGCAGUAAUUUUGCUCCACGGUCUUUAAUCCAUAGCUACAAGAGAAGCUUCAAUGGCUUUGUGGCUAAGCUGACUGAAGCCGAAGCCAAGAAAGUUUCGGAAAUGGAAGGGGUAAUUUCGGUAUUUCCCAAUGGAAAAAAACAACUCCACACUACAAGGUCUUGGGAUUUCAUGGGCUUCUCCGAACAAGUCAAGAGAGUUCCGGCGGUGGAAAGUAACAUCAUUGUCGGAGUAUUCGACAGCGGAAUUUGGCCGGAAUCUCCUAGCUUUGACGACGCAGGAUACGGUCCGCCGCCAGCCAAGUGGAGGGGUCGCUGUGAAGUCUCCGCCAAUUUCUCUUGCAACGAUAAAAUUAUUGGAGCGAGAUCAUAUCGGAGUAAUGGUAAACAUUUAGAGAACGACAUCAAAGGUCCAAUAGAUUCGGAUGGCCAUGGGACGCACACAGCAUCGACAGUGGCUGGAGGGUUAGUUCGGCAAGCGAGUAUGUUGGGUCUCGGCCUUGGCACGGCAAGGGGUGGAGUCCCAUCAGCACGCAUUGCUGCUUACAAAGUAUGUUGGUCCGACGGCUGCACUGACGCUGAUAUUCUUGCUGCAUUCGACGAUGCCAUUGCUGAUGGUGUUGAUAUCAUCUCUGGCUCUCUUGGGGGUUCGAGUGUGAAAGAUUACUUCAACGACUCCAUAGCCAUUGGAUCUUUCCAUGCAAUGCAGAAGGGAAUCCUCACGACAUUGGCCGUUGGAAAUAACGGGCCAGAAUUCACAACCAUUGUGAACUUCUCGCCGUGGUCGUUGUCGGUAGCCGCUAGCACCACUGAUCGAAAAUUCGAAACUAAAGUUAAGCUUGGAGAUGGACGAGAAUUCAACGGAGUCAGCGUCAAUACAUUUGACCUAAACGGAACACAAAUUCCAUUGGUUUAUGCGGGAGAUAUCCCUAAAGCUCCAUUCGACAGAUCGGUGUCGAGAAUGUGCUUCGAGAACACAGUGGACAAGGAGAGGGUAAAAGGUAAAAUUGUAGUAUGUGAUUCGUUAGCCGUUCCCGGCGGAGUUGUGGCCGUAGAAGGCGCCGCCGGAAUUAUAAUGCAAGACGAAUCCCCACAAGACGAUACCAAUUCUUAUCCAUUGCCUGCUUCUCAUGUUGGCCCAAAACCUGGCGCUCUCAUUCUCUCUUACAUCAACUCAACCAGGGUUCCAACAGCAAGUAUAAUGAAGAGCAGAGGGAGAAAACGUAAUAGAGCCCCUUUUGUUGCAUCAUUUUCUUCAAGGGGUCCAAACCCAAUAACCCCCAACAUUCUGAAGCCGGAUAUAUCAGGGCCUGGCGUUGAAAUCCUGGCAGCAUGGCCUUCCACAGUGUCACCCUCAGGAGCUGAAGAAGAUAAUAAAAGGGUUCUUUAUAACGUCAUUUCGGGCACUUCCAUGGCUUGCCCGCAUGUCACUGCCGCCGCCGCUUAUGUUAAGUCCUUCCAUCCCACUUGGUCUCCGGCUGCUCUUAAAUCAGCCCUUAUCACAACAGCAUUUCCAAUGAGCCAUAAACGUAACCCAGACGGCGAGUUAGCAUACGGCGCGGGCCACAUAAACCCACUGGGCGCAGUCCAUCCAGGCUUGAUCUACAACGCUUCAGAGACCGACUACGUGAAGUUUUUAUGUGGUCAAGGCUACUCCACCGAGUCGCUCCGGCGACUCUCCGACGACAAUGCCUCUUGCUCAGCCAACAAUUCCGGCACAGUUUUCGAACUCAACUACCCAUCCUUUGCUCUUUCCACGAACGCCUCAAACCCCAUCAGCCAAGUUUUCAGAAGAAGAGUCACAAAUGUCGGGUCGAGCUAUGCGACGUCGUAUAAAGCCGUGAUAGUUAACCCGUGGAGGGAUCUUAAAAUUACGGUGAAGCCCUCUGUUCUUUUGUUCAAGAGGUUGGGAGAGGAGCUAAGCUUUGAGGUUAGAAUUGGAGGACAAAUUAGGAAAGGUGUUGAAUCGGCGGCUUUGGUGUGGGAUGAUGGUAAGCAUAAAGUGAGGAGUCCUAUAACCGUGUUUAAUGCUAAUCUUCACUCUUUGGAUUAAUUAAGGUUCUAAAUUAUUAAUUAUAAGAUUAUUUCAUAGCUUAAUGAUUGUUAAAUUUGUUGGGCGAAAAGACGGAUUUGACCCUUGUGUGUGUUGUGAAUUCUUCUAUUGAAGAUGCACAUUUAA